AUGAAACCUUUCCCGACUCCCCAAGCUCAAGCUCCUCCCCCAACUCCCCCCCACACCGACAAAUACCUAAACGGCCAUGCCUCCUACCUCCGCUGCUCUGAAUGCACCGUCCACAUCUGCCUAACCUCCCAAAUAAUAAGCAAGGGCUUCACAGGCAGGCACGGACGCGCAUAUCUCGUUUCUGGCUCCGCAUCAGGACUAUCCGGUGCCGUGCCCGCCGUAUCAGUUAGUGCAUCGUCAUCGGCCACAGCCUCGCUGCCCAACACCCUCCUCCAACGGCCCGUCCCUCGCCAACUAGUCACAGGCGCACACACAGUCAGCGACGUCUGCUGCGCCUUCUGCGGCAGUGUUCUAGGCUGGAAAUACGUUGCGGCCGAGGACGAGUCGCAGCGGUAUAAAGUGGGGAAAUUUAUUCUAGAGACAAAGAAGACUAUGGCUACGUCUUGCUGGGAGUCGCCGCCAGACGGACCCGGUGAUACUGCAUCGCCGGAAAGACAAGGAGGGGAGGCCGUGCGUGCAGAAGUCGAGUUUGAUAGCCAGGAUGAAGAUGAGUGUGAGGAUUUGUUUGCUGGGAUUUGGAGUUCUGGUCUGGCUAGUCGGAGGAGGAGCCGGAAGGUUGAGCGGAAACCUACCGUGUUUGGCAUUUCGUGA